AUCAGCAAAACAGCCCCAUGGUACGCACAUGAGAGAUUGGGGUUUGGCCGCUGAUAGCCACGUGCCCCCACCACAGCCAGCUCCUCCCCAUGUUCACCAGCCCCCAUAAAAGCACUGCCCUGUGUGAGCACCAGCAUCCACCACUGCUUCCUGGCUCAGCUUGGGGAAAGGGCUCAUCUCUCUCACCAAGAUGUCUUGCUACGACCUGUGCCCACCAAAAACCAGCGUUGCCGUGCCCCAGCCCAUCGCUGAGAGCUGCAACGAGCUGUGCGCGCGCCAGUGCCCCGACUCAACGGCCUUCAUCCAGCCACCGCCCGUUGUCGUCACCUUCCCCGGCCCCAUCCUCAGCUCCUUCCCCCAGCAAGCCGUGGUGGGCUCCUCCGGAGCACCCGCCUUUGGGGGCUCCCUGGGGCUGGGGGGCCUCUACGGUGCCGGGGCCACUCAGGGCUCGGGGGGCCUCUGCACCUUUGGCAGACCCUACGCUUCUCCUGCCUGCAGCCCCUGCCCCUUGCCCCGCUACAGCAGGAAGUUCUGGGACACCUGUGGGCCCUGCUAAACCCAGCCGCAAGACUCCUCUCCUCUUCCUUCCUCAUUCUCUGUGCUGAUCUGUGAUGCCCACUUUGUCUUUUAUGGCCCUGAACUGGGCCCUGUGCUGGCCACUGCCUUGAAGAUGCCUCAAGAAACACUGCUCCUGAAGGCCCAGGCACCUCCUUCCUGCCUUGGACUGCAGUACGUCUUUAUCUUGUGUCCUUUCCUGUCUUUACAAUAAAAUUAAUAUGCAUCCAAUGUUUGAAUCUUGGGCUUUUCUUCCUGGGCACAAUGGCUGCCCCAGGGCUCCCUUCUCCCACGCACAGGCCCCACACCUGGCCCCAAACUGGCUCUCAGCCCCCAGCUUAGCCAGUCAGUGUUUCCAUGGGUCAAAGACCCUGGCCAUGCCACCUCUGACCCACGCUGCGCUGCUGCUCAUCUCAAUUAGCCCUGUCUGAAUGUAGGAUUCUCCCUGACCAGCAGGAAAUGUCCCAGCAUGCAAUCUGAGACCUGCUAUCCGCCCUCCUGGGUGGGUCUUUGCCAACUCCCUUGGCCUCAGCAAUAUCCCCUCCAUGCCCAAUCUGAAGGCGCAGAUUAAGUUGUGAGGAAACUUCUUGAAAAUCAUCCUCUCCAAGUGCGCGUUCAAGCUGUGCUGCCAACAGCCACUACAGACAAUUAUUGGGUAUCAUGAAUUAGAAGGGAACCCAUCCCGAAGAUAAAGGCUCCAACACCUGACACUACUGAUUGAAACUUUCUUCCUGGACAUUGACCACACUACUUCCCUGGAGAGCAUCUGUGCUUGUCCAUCCUCUCAUUGCAGAGAUUUUUCUUAAGAACACAGUUAGUUAAACUUCCCCUCAUUAAGCAUUAAGCCAUUCCCUUACAUCUCACCUCCUUGCAUAGCAAAACACUGAUCUGAAUUUCUAACAAAUUACAGAGGACACAGUCAAAAAUGCUUCUAGUAAAGAGCAGAUAUUUCUUGUUAUCUCCUCUUCUAACUUCGUCUUAAAGCUUCUGUCAUCUGGAUCUUCUGCUCUUCAGGCCACGUUCCUCCUCAACUGCAUUCAGUGCAGUAAUCAUAGCCCUGAUCCAGACUUUCCCUCAAAGAUCACAAGUGACUCACUCAGUCCUCAGAGGAAAAAGAUGACCCAGAGAAAUCCUUCACCGCAGAGGGAUCAGAGCUUCAGACGCUCCACCUGGCUUCUGCUGAGUUUUAGAGCUAGUGAUUCUCCCCAUUCUAGAACAAGUAGUUACCAACUAUGCCACGGACACAGUCCCCCCACUUCGAUGCUACUUAUGAAUUUAAUCUGUAGGCCCCCAGCUGACUUGUGAAUGGAUGUCAGCAUUGCCUAACACCAGAAUGAUCUAGACAUCUGACCCAUUCUCAGCCUUCUUCCAGAUUAUGGCUGAUGCCAUCCACUUUCCCAGUGAUCACAGCCUCAAGGCAUAUGGCUGUGUCAUGCUCCACUCUUGCGGCAACCUGCCCAUGUUGGUUUCUUAAGGCAGUUUUCCAGCCAGCUACUGGCAGAGCAAUAAGCAAGAGCAGUAUUUCCAAACGACCACUCCGCAGCCUCCCCUGUGCUUUGUUCCAGAGCUCAUGCGGUGCUUCUACAGAGCAGCAUGACUUGGUGGGGCAGGUCCCACUGCACAGCUGAGGAGGAUGGGCAAGAGAGAACGUGGUCAGCACCAUCCUGCUCUGUCCUUUCCCCAACUCCCUCAGCCCCACCAAAAAGCCCCCUCUGCCAUAUCUAUUUUAAACACUCCCACAGGAGGAAGGAAAACCUGAGAUCCACAUCAGCAGGAUUUGCCUGACCUCAGCUGUCACAAAAGCACCUGGUACUUAUUUGAAAAAACAACAAAGAGAGGGAGAAGUCAU